AAGAAAAUUAGGGUUUUUUUCUCUCGCAUAGUUUUUUUUUUUGUCUCGAUUGUUCCCGAUCCGACCGAGCGAUGGAAAGAUCCGAUCCUCCUUCACCGAAGCGUCAGAAGACGGAGGAGGAAGCCACCCGCUAUAAUGGCUGUCCCGAUGAUGAUUUCGAUUUCGAUUCCGACGAUUGCUCCGACGGGGAGAUUGAGUUGUUCGACCAAGAGUUGGACAGGAGCGGCGGGGGUUAUGAAAUCGACUUCAAGAAAUUUCGCUACUGUUUUGGUUGGAGACCAUUUCAUCUGGAUGAUGUCUCAUUCUUUAGCGAUCCUGAAACCAACAGACAUUUCAUCGCUAAGUUGGUUAACCUUGCUCUCGACCAGCACAACAAAGAAAACAAAACAAGCUUGGAACUGGGAAAGAUUUUGAUUGCCAACUUUCAUCCAUCUUGUGGAUUGACUUUCUACCUCUCAUUCGAAGUCAAUGAUCCUUCAGAUGGUAAUCAGACGAAACCCUACCGAGCUGUGGUUCGCUACUUCCCUGGAGAUAUUGAAGUUGUCUCUUGCAAUCCCAAAGAAAGUUGAUGUUUUGAAUCAAUCCACCAGUCUCUCCUUUUCCAUUGGAUUUGAAUAGUGAAGAGUGGUUUGUUCCUAGUAUCGUAACUCAUCUAAUCCUACCUUAUCUGUCUAUGUUUGAUGUUUUAAGUGUAUUUGAAGACUAAUAUAAUAUUUGCUACUUUAGAAGUUAUAUCUAAUCUAAUUUGAACGA